UAACGGCAAAAGCACAUGCCUGGUAGGUUGACAGCACUUUGUGGGUCUCGUCCCCAGGAGAUCUGCGAUGAUCCCCAGUUUAUUGUUGGAGGAGCCACCCGCACAGACAUCUGCCAAGGAGCCCUGGGUGACUGCUGGCUGCUGGCAGCCAUCGCCUCCCUCACCUUGAAUGAAGAAAUCCUGGCUCGCGUCGUCCCCGUAAACCAGAGCUUCCAGGAAAACUAUGCAGGGAUCUUCCACUUCCAGUUCUGGCAGUACGGAGAGUGGGUGGAGGUGGUCGUGGACGACAGGCUGCCCACCAAGGACGGGGAGCUGCUGUUCGUGCAUUCGGCAGAGGGGAGUGAGUUCUGGAGCGCCCUGCUGGAGAAGGCGUAUGCCAAGGUCAAUGGGUGCUAUGAAGCUCUCUCCGGGGGCGCCACCACCGAGGGCUUUGAGGACUUCACCGGAGGCAUCGCUGAGUGGUAUGAGUUGAGGAAAGCCCCAUCGAACCUGUUCAAGAUCAUCCAGAAGGCUCUGCAGAAAGGCUCUCUCCUGGGCUGCUCCAUUGAUAUCACCAGUGCUGCGGACUCAGAGGCUGUCACAUUCCAGAAGCUGGUGAAGGGGCACGCAUACUCGGUCACCGGAGCUGAGGAGGUUGAAAGUAGAGGAAGUCUACAGAAACUGAUCCGCAUCCGGAAUCCCUGGGGAGAGGUGGAGUGGACCGGGAAGUGGAAUGACAACUGCCCAAACUGGAACACUAUCGACCCAGAGGUGAAAGAAAGGCUGACCAGACGGCACGAAGAUGGAGAAUUCUGGAUGUCUUUCAGUGACUUCCUGAGGCACUAUUCCCGCCUGGAGAUCUGCAACCUGACCCCAGACACCCUCACCAGUGAGACCUACAAGAAGUGGAAACUCACCAAGAUGGAUGGGAACUGGAGGCGGGGCUCCACCGCAGGAGGCUGCAGGAACUACCCGAAUACUUUCUGGAUGAACCCUCAGUACCUGAUCAAGCUGGACGAGGAGGACGAGGACCAGGAGGAUGGGGAGAACGGCUGCACCUUCCUGGUCGGCCUCAUCCAGAAGCACCGGCGACGCCAGAGGAAGAUGGGCGAGGACAUGCACACCAUCGGCUUUGGCAUCUACGAGGUUCCGCAGGAGUUCAGUGGGCAGACCAACAUCCACCUCAGCAAAAACUUCUUCCUGACGCACAGAGCGCGGGAGCGCUCGGACACCUACAUCAACCUACGGGAGGUGCUCAACCGCUUCAAGCUGCCGCCCGGGGAGUACAUCCUCGUGCCUUCCACCUUUGAACCCAACAAGGAUGGGGAUUUCUGCGUCCGGGUCUUUUCCGAGAAGAAAGCUGACUACCAAGCUGUCGAUGAUGAAGUCGAAGGCAACUUUGAAGAGAUUGACGUCAGUGAGGACGACAUUGACGAUGGCUUCAGGAGGCUGUUUGCCCAGUUGGCAGGGGAGGAUGCAGAGAUUUCUGCCUUCGAGCUGCAGACAAUCCUGAGGAGAGUUCUCGCCAAGCGCCAAGAUAUCAAGUCAGAUGGCUUCAGCAUCGAGACCUGCAAAAUCAUGGUGGACAUGCUGGAUUCGGAUGGGAGCGGUAAGCUGGGCCUAAAGGAAUUCUACAUUCUUUGGACGAAGAUUCAAAAAUACCAAAAAAUUUACCGGGAGAUCGACGUGGAUAGGUCUGGUACCAUGAAUUCCUAUGAGAUGCGGAAAGCGUUAGAAGAAGCAGGUUUCAAGCUCCCCUGUGAACUGCACCAAGUCAUCGUUGCUCGCUUUGCGGAUGAACAGCUCAUCAUUGAUUUUGAUAAUUUUGUGCGGUGCUUGGUUCGACUGGAAACACUCUUCAGGAUAUUUAAGCAGCUGGAUCCCGAGAAUACUGGAAUGAUACAGCUCGACCUUAUCUCUUGGCUCUGUUUUUCAGUACUUUGAAGUUAUAACUCAUCUGCCUGAAGAUUUCUUAUGAAAGAACAUCAGCCACGGAACACGCAUCCACAGAGAAACUUGAUUAUGGGAACAUUUACUUAGACUAAUGAUUAUAGCAGAAAGCAAUGAUGCCCUUUGAGCUAGCAGAACUUUCGGAUAUUAGAGUAAAAGAUUUGCCUAUCAUCACACUCAAGUGAGUCACUUAACCCUCAACAAGCUCAAAGAAAGCUUUCUAUCUGUAAAUAGUAUAUACACUUUUUACUUUUACACACGGUCCUGUUUAGACCGAUAUUAAAUCAGGAAAAAAAAUGUAGGGAGUUAUUUAACAGCUGAGCAAACAUUCAAUCUCCAAGGACAUGAGGUCCUUGCUGGGAAUACUGAAAGCAGCUUCAAGUUUAAAAAAGCAGCUGUGGCAUUUACAAAACAGAGCUUAGGCAGGGCUCACAGACUCCCCUGAGUAAAACAGAAAAACGCUGCAUCACGAAGUCAACUUGUCAGGGCAGCUGAAGAGGCCAGGUGAGAACGCUUACCUCUGUCCCUCGGGUUACACAAGAGACAGGCUUUAUAUAAUACUAAUUGGUUAACAGUAAAUCUUCUGAAGUUCAAGUCCUUGAGUGCGUAGGGUCUCAUACACUGAGUGUUAUCAAUACAGGAGUUCUACUCUUGGUCAGCUGCAGCAAUACACCGAAACCAGGCGUCCAGUUGGCAAACCAGUUGUGAUGAAGACAAAACAAGCUAUUUGCUGCCUGCCUCAGAGAUUCUUGACUUGGCCAGCUUUGUGUUUGUGCAUGGAGUUGUGGGGGGCCAUGGCGUAGCAGGGACUGUAGAAACACCAUGAGCUCGUUUCCUGGCUUUACCAUGGGAAAAUGCUAACAUCAUUAUAAAAGUAUUGCCUUGUUGCCUUAUCUUCUGCUCAAUGUACUGUUAAAUAAAGAGUUGCCCAUGCAAUCACA